AUGUCUCAUGAAAAGAGAACAUCAGCAGACUUUUUUAAAUAAGUCUUUGGAAGAACAGUUACUGUUAAAUUACAUAAUCGAACAGAAUAUAUUGGUGUUUUAGCUGCACUUGAUGGAAAUAUGAAUAUUGUUUUGGAAUAAUGGUAUUGUAUAAAUUAAUAAAUUAUAGUGAAGAAUAUUUAGAAUCAAAGUUAAUCAACAAAUAUGGAUAAAUAUUAUUGAGAGGAAAUAAUGUACUUUACAUUAGUGCUAAAUUUAAUCAAACAAAAUAACAGGAUGUAGAAAUUUGA